AUGUCGGAGCCAUGUCGAGUUUGUAUCGAAUCUGCCCGUGGGGUUAGGAAAGAAGCUUUAAGGAACGUGUUCUCCAAGUUCGGUGAAGUGGUGGAUGUCUACAUGGUGAAGAAGAAAGAUGUAAACAGGAAAUCAUUUGCUUUUGUUAGAUUCAAAAAGGCGAACAAUAAUGAACUGGAAUUGGAGAGAGCCUUACAAGGUAUCAAAAUCAGAAACAUAAUAUUAGAUAUCAAUAUUGCGAGAUUUGAAAGGAAUCAAGAGUCGACUAAUACAGGAAACAGAUUGAAUCGACAUCUGAAUCGGUUCACCCAGGCGAUAAACGUCACGAAAAAAGACAAAAGAACUUUUUCAGAAGUUGCAGCGAGUGGAAGUAAGUCCUUUCAUAUCCCUCCCCCACCUCCUCCAAAUAUGAAAAAUGUGUUGGAUUAG